CCUCCAUCUGCCCAGGGACUUCAAGGAGGCCCAAUAAAAUUGCGGCAACGGCAUUAUCGAGAUAGAAACGUCAGACGCUGGCAUAACAUGGGUCAACGAGCACCCGGUGAAGUGUCUUUUGCCGGACGCGCCAUCUACUCAGAAGCCGUCGACUGCUCGAAGCCUAUCAAUUACAGCAAUCUCAAAGGCAAGACUAUAGUCAUCACUGGCGGUGCCUCGGGCUUUGGCAAGGCCUGCUUCAACGACUGGGCAGGUCACGGCGCCAACGUUAUCAUAGGCGACAUCAAUGAUAAAGCUGGCACUGAGCUCGUUGCACAAGUUCGAGCUUCUACCGGCAGUCUCGACCAUCAUUUCAUUCACCUUGACGUGACCAGCUGGCAGAGUCAAGCAGCUUUCUUCAAACAAGCCGCGAGUCUGAGUCCUCACGGUGGCAUUGACUGUGUCAUGGCGAAUGCCGGAAUCGCUGAUGCGCAAGAGAAUGCCAUCUUCGAGGAACCACCUGAUUAUUCAGAAAUGGACAACCCACCGCAGCCUAGGAUGCGGACGCUCGACACCAACCUCGAUGGUGUCAUGUUCACUACGAAUCUGGCCUUGUCGUAUCUCCCGCGCAACCCGGGCAGCGAGGGAUGCAACGUGCGUACAACAUCUGCACCGCGAGAUCGACACCUAAUACUGGUGUCUUCCAUCGCUGGGCUUACAGGUCUGGCCUCCCAACCCAUCUACGCGACAGCAAAGCACGGCGUGGUCGGGCUAUUCCGAACCCUGCGAAUCACCACGCCGAUCAAGCAUGGUAUAAGAGUUAACAUGAUCAAUCCGUACUUUGUCGACACGCCUAUCCUAGGCCCGCUAGGUGCACUGGUCCUUGCUGGCGGUGGCAUGGCUACAGUACCCGACGUGGUGGCAGCUACAACACGUCUUGUCGCGGAUCAAGGUAUUAUAGGCCGGGCGUUGGUGAUUGGAUCGAAGACUUCCGAAGAGCAUGCGCAUGCUACCGGCCUUGAGCAAGUGGUGGGCGACCAGGCCGUCUGGGAUGUUUAUGCUCAUGAUUUUGAUCAGACCGAUUUGUUCACGAGAAGGAUUAUUGGCGUCACCAACCUCGUCACACAGGCGAGAGGCUGGGCAGGCAUCGCUCAAGACGUGCGCACCAAGAUAUCCGGGACUAUAUGGAAAACACUCGGGUAUUGA